AUGAAUAAAUUUAAUAAAAUCUUUAGAAAAUCCAUGGCUAUAGGGAGUCAUGGUGGUGAAAAUUCAUUAUCAUCAUCACCACCAAAAUCAUAUAGUGGCAGUAGUGGCAGUGGAUCAUCGCUAAAUCAUAGUACAGGCAGUGCACCAAAUAGUCAUCAUCAUCCUAACAUUCAACACUAUUCAUCAUCCCCAAAUUUAUUAAGCAAUACCAAUAAUAAUAAUAAUAAUAAUAAUACUUCAGUAUCGUCGGGAUCACUUUCAUCUUCACCUUCUAGUAUAUCAGCAUCAACUUCAACAUCAUCUAGAUCAUUAAAUAAUAAUAUAGCUUCAACAUCAAUUGGUAGUAAUGGAGGUGGACCAAGUUCAAACAACCUAUAUUCACAAUAUAACCCAUUGCCAUGCAUAGAUUUUGAACAAAUAUUUUUACCAUACAUUAGAGAUGGCGAUAGAAUUAAAAACUAUUUUCUAGUUCAUUCAAUUUUAUCAAAAAAAGGUAUACCAACAACAGCACAAGGAGUAAUUGAACACCAACAACAACACCAAAAUCAAGAUGGCACUAUCAUUACAACCACUAUUAUACGUAAUCGUAGUCAAAGCGAACAAGAUUCUCAAUCUAAAUCAUCAUGGCAACCAUUUUAUAAAAAGAAUUCAAAUGUUUCAUUCUUGGUUAUUUGUUCAAAGAAUAUUGUAAUUUUAGAUGCAACUUCCCACCCAUUCACCAUCACUAAAAAAAUAUCAAUUGGAGACAUAAAGGAAAUAGUUUUUGAAACUUCAGAUUUAGGUCUAUUUACAAUCGAAUUAAAUCCAAAUCCACACACUGACCAUUCCAAUCCCAACUUACUUUUCUUUACAGUUGGGUGUGAAAAGAAGGAUAUCUUUGAACAACUAAAUCAGUCGUUUGAUGAAAUGUUAAAAGAUUAUUAUAGUGAUAAAAAUAAAGAUUUAUUUAUAUUAAAAAAAUGUAAUAUGUUAAGUAGUGUCGAUCAAACAUAUAAAAAAGAAUUUAAGAAUCAUGUAAAUCAAUUAUUAGAUGAAAUUUCAAUGUAUGGUUUUACAGCACAAGAUCUUUGGGAAGGUAAUGCAGAUUUAAAAUUUUGGGUAGAUAAGAUUAAAGAUAAAAUUGAAUGGAACAGUGAUGAAAGAUUCCUUGUAGAGUUUAUUUUACCUCAAGAGAUGAAUUGUAAAAGGGUUUACAGGGUUCCAAAUGAUAUUCCUAUUAAAGAAAUUAUAAAUUUCCUUUGUAUCAAAGCUCAAAUUAUUCAAGACUCAUCAAUAUUUACCCUUGCAACCAUUAAAGGCAAAGAAUUGGAUGAAAUCGAUGUAUUGGGUGAUUAUGGUUUAGGUUCAUUCUUUGAUAAUUGGCAAUUAGUUUUAGUCGAAAAAGGUAAAACAAGAAGUGCAGGUCUUUUUAAUUUAGAGGUUCACUUUCCAGAUAGCCCAGAAUAUAGAGGAAGAUACCACCGUGUUUUAGAGUUGGAUGGAUAUAUGUGUGCUUCCAAGUUAGUAAAUUAUAUUGGAGAACAAAUGGAAAUUAAUAAAUCACACUUGUAUUCUAUCAAAUUGGAAAUUAUAGUAAAUAAUAGUAAUAAUGGAAAUAAUAGUGCAUCUCUACCUUCCUCAAACUCCAUAGUUUUAGAAGAUGAGGAUUAUUUAACAACUCAUGGUUUAGGAUCCAAAUUCUUAAAAUGUAAAUUAAAACUAAUACCAAAAAAACUACCAAAGGCCUCAAAAGAUAAAUUAAAAAAUUUAGAAGUUACAAAAUUAAUUAUCGAUGAUAUUGUAGAAAAUGCAUGGAAAGAAUUUAAUCAAAGAAAACAAGAAAAGGCAUCAAUUAUUUGUAACGAAAUAAUAAACUCGAUAAUAGAUACAACCGUAAUAGAAUGCCAAAGAGCAUCAACUUUAAGUUUAAGAAUGGCCUCAUUAAGCAUUGUUGGUCGUGCUGCAAUGUAUAAAAUAUUGGCCCAAAAGGAACAAGAGGAAUUAAAUUAUUAUAAACUAGAGGGUCAAAAAGCAAUUAUUAACCAAGCUAAAGAUUUAGUAAAUAGUCUAUCACCAGUAGCUGGCCCAAGCUCAGAUGUUCAAUUAGACGAUAAAACAGGUUCAAAUUCAUUACAUCGUGUUGCUCCACCUCCACCACCACCAAUUUUAGGUUUCAAGAACUUCAAACCAAAAAAGAAAGCUAUCGAAGAGACAUCUAGUACAUCUACUCCUGCUCAUUUGAAAAUGAAUAAUCCUAUGAUGGGUUUAGGCAGUGUCGAUAUGAAUCAAAUCCUUGGCAUGAGAAAUAAACUAAGAUCCCUUAAAAAACCGGAAGAGGAGGAUUCAAAACUAAAUCAAGAAGACAGAAAUAAAAUGGUAAACUUUACUCUUAGAAAUACAAAAAAUAUUCAAAAAAAUCAAUCAAAUCCAGUUGUAACAAAUGAAACAAACGAACUAAUGCAAAAACUUCAAAAAAGACAUCAAGCCGCAGCAUUAGAUGCAGAAGAUUUAGGGGAUUCUUAA